CUUUCUUCUUCAUUAUUUUCUGCUGACCUCAGCAAGAAUUAGGAUAGGCGUGGGGUCCACCUAAAAUUGAAGAACUUUGAUCUUUGACCUCUCUUUCUUUUCCAACGUGGUCUCACACAGUUCAGUACAAGACAGCAUGGCAAAGAGAACCAAGAAGGUCGGAGUAGUUGGCAAGUAUGGUACACGUUAUGGUGCCUCUCUCAGGAAGAUGGUAAAGAAGAUUGAAAUCAGCCAGCAUUCUAAAUACUCCUGCUACUUUUGUGGAAAGAACUCAAUGAAAAGGACGUGUGUUGGUAUCUGGAAUUGCAACAAGUGCAAGAAGACCAUAGCCGGAGGGGCUUGGGUCCCAAGCACUACAGCUGCUUCCACAGUCAGGAGCGCCGUCAGAAGAUUGAGAGAAUUGGCAGAGAUCUAACUUUUUAGCUAAAAUGUUCUAUGUACCAUUCUGAGACUGGCUCAUUGUUUUUUCCUUGUGAAAAUGGUCAUAAUUAUUAUUAUUAUG